AAUGCAAGAGCGGCUCGGCCCGCAACUACUGGAAUCACUAGGCAGGUACUUCCGGAGAAUAUCUCGAUAUUUCCAACCGCUUUUUCUGUUGCUCCUCUCCUCACUCUCUCCAGACAAAACCACCUCACCUACGCAGCGCAAAUGGUCGUGUCAUAUACAACUACUCCCGCAGUCCAGACGGGCAUAUUUACCACUGCUCUUACGUAGCCACACCCUAGCCUGCUAACCACAGACACACGCAUCUUCGUACCAUGGAGCCCUUCGCGCUCCCCGUGCCGAACCACCGCCUUGGCAUCUACCGCCAAGAGAGACAAGAAGGGACAAGCGAGCAGGAAGAAGGCAUUGACUCGCAGUCUGAGCCGGAUCUUUUGCCGUCUCCCGCCCCCGCCUCACGCCUACCACCCGACUCGAUCAACCCGCUGAGCCACUCGCCCGACACGCUGCGGCAGUUCGCCGUCGCCGGGCUGGCGCCAGAGGAGGAGCUGCCGUCGCAGCGACACCCGCUGUUCCCGCAUAAGCCUCUUCCCCGUUCGCCCUCUUCUCACGCCGCCGCCGCCGGCGGUCGGGAGCGAGAGCUCGGCGCGGGGACGGGGAGAGAGCAGAGACGCAAACGAGAUCCGAAGGCCGCGCCCAAGGAGCACGCCGAGCGCCUGAGGCACCUCGGCACGCUGACGACCGUCCUGCACCGCUGCCUGGCCGACGGGGACAUUGCGCGAGCGAAGCGCGCGCUCAGCCUGCUGCUGCGCACCGCCGACGUCGACAUCCGGCUCGGCGGGCUCUGGGCUCUCGGCAGCGAGAUCCUAAUGCGAGACGGCGAAGACGAGGGCCGGCUCGGCGGGCCGGGAGGAAGUCAGGGGCGAGAGGCGGCUCCGCCGCGCUGCUACCGCUGGGGCUCGCCCGCUAACGUCGAGCGCGUCCGCGCGUACCUCGACGGCCUAAUCCAGCAGCACCCGUACGACGUGCACCGGCCGCGGCUCGCGAGCGCGUUCGACUUCUGGCCAGCGCUCUUCGGCAUCGAGAUCUACAGCCUCGGGGCCGAGUUCGAGCACGCGCUGCGGCUGUCGCUUUCGCACGAUGACGAUGGGGGAUGGGAGGAGGAGGAGAAGGAGGAGGAAGACGAACUGAUGGCGUACUCGUACGAGGCACUAGCGUUCGAGAAGAGGGGGCGGAGCAGGAGAAGGAGGAGGGGGGCGGCGGCGCGAGACGAUCUGCGCCACGAGACCCGGGCCGCCGCCGAGGUCAUCGCGGCCCGCAUGGACCGCGUGAUGGAGACGCCGCCGUACGCAGCGCACCGCGAGAUGCUGCGGCUGCGGGGCCACCUCGCGCUGUUCGUGGCGGACCUGCACCUGCCCUCGCGGAUCGUCGACGGCGGCAACGACGACUUGUCCGCCGCGGCUGACUCGUCCCUCGCCUCUUCCUUGUCCUCGUCCGACGCCGACGCCGACGCCGGUACUAAGGAUUGGCGUGCGGUCGAGAGCGACCUGAAGGACCUGUCGCUGGACAGCAGCAGCGGCGGCGGCGGAACCAAAGAAGCGCAGGAGGAGCGGGUGCUGCGGAGACGGGCCCGCGGCGCAGAGGAGCACGGCGCGCUGGAUCGCCGGGCGGAGGAGCGGGAGCGGGCCCGCGCGUUCUUCCGCAGGCUGAGGGAAGUCGGCGGGGAACGGGAGGUGGACGGGUGGGUGGCGGAGUUUCUGGAUGCCGGCGAAGAGAGGGAGGAAGAAGAGGAGUAAGGGGAGAAGAGUCUAGGGGCCCAGGCGCAGUAGAGACACGAUGUGAAGCUAUAGAGGUCGAACGGACUUAAGCGGAAAUAGGGGGGGGGGAAGGGGUAGGUAGAGAGGUACCCAGACGCGCCAAGAACCGAAUUUGCGGCCUAUACGGAUGUGGCCUGUUCUCCUGCGCCCUGUUUCGCGCCUUUUGACCUACUAGUAGCGCCGACUCUACGAUGUAGGUAUGCCAGCGGCUUACAGUUAGGUUCUGAGUAGACUAGAUGACACAGCGCGACUCCACCAAGUAUCCGCCUAGUAGCGCCCCCUAUCCUCGCGCGAGAAGGAAGCUCGUCCCCCAUCGGAGGAAGAGGGCCCAGAAUGGAGGAAGUACCUAUGGAGAGAGAGGUCUGACAGCUGCUUCUCCAACAGCCGCCCCUUUCUCUUUCCCUCUCCUUUCCUCCCCCCGGCUCCCGUCGCGAGCGAGAACUUGGGUGGAUGGAGGGAUAGACGGACGGAGCCAAGCCGGGGAACGAGGAAGAAGG